AUGUUCUCCGUCGUGGUCCCAGGCCGCCCGUGUGUAACAGACAUCGUCGCAAUAGAUAGUCAGCCAAAUGGCCAAGCAACCAAAUUCGCCUUCACGAUCCCAGUCACCCCGUCCCUUAGUGAUAUAGUCAUUUUCUUCCUACCAGGAACAACCCUCCCACCAAACACUGGCGCUGCUAUUUACGCUCAACUUCCAGACCCGAAUACCGGCCAACCCUCCGACUUCCGCUUCAUCGGCGCAUUGGCAAACGAAAAGCCCUCAGGGAUCUUCAGCGUUCGACCACCGGGAACUACAGUGCACCGCUCAGAAGCCGAGGAAGAAGACGACAUGCUUGACGAGGGUGGAGCCAACGGCGCUGCUGCAACGGGCGUCAUGACACUGGGAAUUUCUAUCGAAGAAGCGCAGAACAUUGCGCCGCAGCUUGCUGCGCUGGAAGCGGAAUGCUCCUCUGGUUCAAUGUCUAUGGCGCUGGUUCGACAGGCUGGUGGGCAGAGACAAAUCUCGACGAAGGUGCUGGCGCAGCGCAUUAUUGGCAACGCGUUUAAUUACCUCGCGAGUUUUGCGGAGAGUGAAAAGGGUCAGGACAUUGUGCCGCUGAAGAGCUUUCAUAAUUGGUGGGCGAAAUUUGAGCGUCGCAUUGAGGCCGAUCCCACGUUUUUGGAACGCGAGGAUCCUAAUGCUAAUUAA